UUCUCUAUAAGCCCCAAUUAAGCACUAAAACACAAAUGUUUGCUCAGAUUUUUAGAAGGCUUCGCAUCAAUGGCGGCACGAGCGCCUGCACCAGGGUGGUUCUCUUCUCCGAGCCUCUGCCUCACUACACAACUAGAGCAGCAGCCGUCCCAGAACACCAGAAAAACCGUUUCUUGGAAGAAUACCUCGUAAACUCACUUGGCUUCUCAAAAGAAGAAGCUUUUUCCGCUUCAAAAAAGGUAUCUCUUAAAACCUUCAGAAAAGACCCAAAUUUAGUCAUUCAUUUCUUGGUUAAGCAGGGUUUUAGCAAAUCCCAGAUCAAAAGCAUUGUUUCCGUACUUCCCGGGUUACUCUAUUAUCAGCCGGACAAAACACUUGAACCCAAGCUCCAGUUUUUCCGGGAUCUUGGUUUAUCCGGGUCGGAAAUUGUCAGGCUUUUUAUGUUUCAAAAACAUCUUUUCAAGUCAGGGUUGGAUUUUUUCAGAACCCGACUUGCUUAUGUUAGGAUUUUGUUAGGCACCGAUGAGAAGAAAGUAACCAGAGCUGUGAAGAGAUGUUCUUCGCUGCUUCGUUAUGAUGCAUCUGAAAAAGUGGCUGCGGCUGCUGCUUUGUUGAAGAAUUAUGGCUUUUCGGAUAAGAAUGUUGCUAACUUUGCUCUUAGGAUUCCUAGGCGCAUUUUUAUACUAGAACCUGAAAAUUUUGAGGAAAUGUCGUGCGUGGUGGAAAAUGAUUUUGGGAUUCCUCGUGGAUCGCCCAUGUUUUACUACGGCUUUGAAGUCGUUAGUACGAUUGCCAAGUCCACCAUUGACAGGAAAUUUGACAUUUUAAGAAGUUUUGGCUGGUCUGAUGCUGAUGUACGAACAAUUGAUGGCAAGCAUCCUCUUCGUUUACGGUUGUCAGAGUCUAAAAUUAGGGAAGCUUUGAAUUUUUUCAUGAAGGAACUGGGAUAUACCUCUAAUUACUUGGCUUACCGCCCUGCGUUAAUUACACUAUGUUUGGAGAAAAGGGUCAAACCGAGGAAUGAAGUUGUCAAAGUUCUGAAUGAAAAGAAGUUGAGUAAGAGGAGUUGGAAUCUGUAUUCAUUUGUGACCUUACCUGAAUCCAAAUUUGUCAAGGAUUUUCUUCUGCCUUACAAGGAGGAGAUACCAGAUGUAUACCGAUCAUACAUGGAGGUUGUUGGAGGAUCCAAAGUUCAAAAAGUUUGAUGCCUAGGUUUGAGCUGUUGUAGGUUGUGGGUUAUGACUUCCAUGCCGGAAAAUCCUUCGAGCACAACGUCAAGGACUCAGCUUAGCUGCCGGAAAGCACUCAUUUGAAGUAGCAUAAAGGGACCUGAAAUCUUAUGGGACCUUUAUGAUAGCUUCUAGUUUUUUUCAUUGAGAGUUUUGGGAAGCCUUGUUGUUGGCAAACAUUCCCAUCAGUUCAUCCAAAUCUAAUUCUCUGAAACUGAGAUGAGAAUUAAGACCGGCAUCCAUGCAAAGCCUCAAACUUGUUCACUUUGUAUCUGGAAUUGAUACAAAAAACUAGACAGACUGUCAUUACAAUUACUGUUUCGAUUCCUGAAUGUAAUAUAAUCGCAAGAUGUCAUCAUAGUUGCAAUUUUUCUUUUUUCGUUUUGAGCA